AUGUGUGCGUAUUCGAAAUGUGAACAGAAUUCUUUUUCAAUUGAAUCGACUAUUAUUCAUGUGGUUGCUGUCCCAAUUGGAUCUACAAAAACAAUCCGUGAUCUUGGUUUUUUUUUCACGCUGUUUUUGGGUUACCGAUUUGGUACAAGCACAGAUUUGGCAGUUUCUUACGUAUUUGGAGAUUUCAAUUCUGCUGAUUUACCAAUAAUAUCUAUUUUGUAUUGUCAAUGUUUAAGAAAUAUACAUAAAGUAGACAACUAUCCAAUAAGCAUAUUAGACCAAGAAGUUACCAAAAAGGCUAAUAAAAUCAUAAAAGAAAGAAUAUUAAUCAGAGAUAUGUCAGAACAAAUAUCCAUGGACGUUUUAUUUUUUAAAGAUGAUUUUGAGAUAUCAGAUGUUGAAUCGAAUUCGGAAUUAAAUUAUAAACAAAAUAAUGAUAUAUCAAUGAUGGGUUCAAUGAGUUAUAAGUUUGUUGAAACUAUUGAUACUUUAAAUUCUCAAUACUAUUAUUAUAAAUUAGAAAUGGCUGAAGAUGAAAUGAUUUUACUUCAACUUAUGGUUAACAAAUUAAAACAUAAGUUUAAUCAACUAUUUGAUGAUUUGUUUAUUGAAAAACAACGGCAAUUGGAUAAUUUGAAGGAAUAUCAUAAUAGAUUAAGUGUAAUUGAAACUGAAUUGAGGAUGGCAUGCAAAGUUGAAUCUAGUGAACUCUUGCCUGUGAAUUAUAAAUGGAAUAAAUAUGAACAAACCGAAACACUUUUAUAUGUUAAUGACGAUGAAGUUCCCGUUAAACUGUUUAACAGUAACAAAAUGUCCACUAACAAAGAAAAAAACAGUAAACAUUUAAUGUUAGACAACUUUAAACAAAGGGCAUUAAUAAUUAUGAUGGAUGGUGUGCUGGAAAAAAAAUGGGAAGAUGAGUUGAAAAAAGAUGUGCCUAAACCUCAAUGCAUAGUAUUGAAUAAAAAUCCUGAGGAAUUUACACUUGAAGAUUUUAAAGCUAUUAGUGAGUAUGAAAAACUAACUUUGACUCUGAAAGACGAAAGAAUAAAAUAUAAAAAUAUUCUUGAUGAAGAAAAGAUUAAAAUCUACCAUCAUAUUGAACAGAUUAUUAUUGAAUUUGAUAACAAUGUAUUUACGCUAUUUCAAAUGAAGUUGAAGUAUAAUUCAGCUAUAGACCAGGAGCAUUUAAAAAUGCUUAGACUUUCAAAAAUGCUAAGUGAUAGUAAUCAUCGAAAACUGCAAAUUGAACGAUACAAUGAAAUCAAGUUGAAGUUAAGAGAAACUAUCACGAAGAUUGAUAAAAUUAUUGCUGAAACGAAUAAAAAAAUAGCAAAAACUGAGCCAGAUUCUUUGUUUAAUACUAUAGAAACAUUGAAUCAGAAAAAUUACAAUCUUAAUAAACGUUUUAAGUCUGAGUUUCCAUCCAAACUCAAAUAUAAACAAGCAUUAAUUGCUUACAAUCGGAGACCAAAAAUACAUGGCAAUAAAAAUUAUUCGCCAUUAAUCGGUUACCAGUUUGUAAACACAAUUAUGGAUCCAACAUAUGAUAAGCUACUUAUUUUGACCACAGAAUUCGUUAAAUACUUAGAUACACUCAAUAUGUAUGACGAAUAUAAAUAUGUCGAAAAUUAUAACCUGAAUAUGAGCAGAGAAACUUGGCAUAAACUUUGCUAUUUUAGACGUAUGAAAAUCGAAUUGGAAUUUAAUAUUCUGACUUGCCAAAAAGACGCAACAGACAUCGAUUAUUUGAUAGAAAGCUUAAAGUAUAAUAAAGAAAAUAGAGAAGCUAUGAUUGAGAAAUUAAAGAUAUCUAUAAUUAGACUGGAACAUCAAGAUUUAUAUUAUGAAGAAAAUCCUGAGAUUCAAUUAGUUGUAAAACAAAGAAAUGUUGAAAUAGUUCUGACAGGAAACUUAAGUGAUUUUGAAAAUGCAUCACUCAUUUCCAAAAAUGCUAUCGAUGAAGUGAACGCUGAAAUUAAAGAAAUGGGUAAUACUAAAAUUGAUGCUGUAUCUAAUUUACUUAGAUUCAAAUGUAAACAUCGAUUAUUAGAAUGGGAAUAUGAGAUGCUAAAAAAUCACAAAACUCAAUUAAUUUCGAAUAUAAUGAAAUUGGCCAAAAUCAAUACAAAAGUUCUAAAAUUACACAAAGAAAUUUCAGAAUUGGAGAAUGAAUUGGAAUUUCUUAGAGAAUCUUCAACUAUAUAA